AUAAUCCAUUAAUUUUAAUCCUUAGACCCUGUCCAUGUUCGUGUUGAUUUUUAAUAAGCUUUCUAGUUUCUAUCGCCAAUUGUGGUAGGACGCGACGAGAUAGUGUAAUUAUUGUUUAACUUUUAAUUGUAUAAUACUAUUUACUAUUCAGUAUUUAGCUUUUCCAUUAUUAAUACGCUUAAUAGUUAAUUGCCAUUUAUAAUUAUUAAUUGCCUUAAAAAUGAAUUUAACCACUAAAUUUUCGCCAAAAAAAUUGGGUACUCAUAGUGGCAUAUUCCACUGCGAUGAAGCUUUCGGUUCAUAUAUGCUACAAUUAUUAUUUCCUAACUUAGAAAUAAUUCGUACGAGAGAUGAAAAACUGUUAGCUGAGUGUGAUAUUGUAAUCGAUGUUGGUGGUGUGUAUGAUCACAGUAAACGUCGUUAUGAUCAUCAUCAAAGAAGUUUUGAUCAUUCAAUGAGCACACUAAUACCCAAUGCCAAAUGGACAACAAAAUUUAGUAGUGCAGGUUUGGUAUACUUACAUUACGGCCAUGAUGUUUUGAAAACAAUUAUAGCAUCCGAUGUACCAGAAGAUAAAUUGAAUACUAUUUAUUCUAAAGUAUAUGAAUCCUUUGUGCAAGAAAUAGAUGCUAUCGAUAAUGGUAUUCCAAUAUGUGAAGGUGUGCCAAAAUAUAAUAUACACACACAUCUGAGUAGUCGUGUCGGUAACUUGAACAAAAAAUGGAACCAUGUUGGAAAAUUUGACGAUAUGGAAGCAUUUAAAAAGGCAAUGCAAUUGAUUAAAUGUGAAUUCGAAGAAACUGUACUGUAUGCAUAUCAAACAUGGUUACCAGCCAGGUCAUUGGUAAUCGAUGCGCUCGAGAAACGAUACCAAACACACAAGUCUGGUCGUGUAAUAGAAUUCAGUACACCAUGCCCUUGGAAAGAACAUUAUUUUGUGUUAGAAGAAGAACUUGGUGAAGAUCUUCUACCAAAAAUUGAUUAUGUUAUUUUUGAAGAUAGCUCCAAUGAAACGUGGAGAAUACAAUGUAUACCUAUAACUCCUCAUUCGUUUACACUUCGAAGACCAUUGCCAAAAAGUUGGUGGGGUAUCAGAGAUGAUCAAUUAAGUACAAUUUCUGGAGUAGAAGAUUGUAUUUUUUGUCAUGCCAAUGGAUUCAUUGGUGGUAACAAGACUAGAUUAGGAGUACUAGGUAUGUGUGAAAAAGCCAUCGAUUGAUUUUUUUUUUUUUAAAUCAAACAAUAGUUAAUGACUAAUGUAUUUUUUUUUAUAAAUAAUAAACAAUAAUUAAUGACU